AAUGAAUCGAAAACCGCGAACCCGCAGUACGAUUGUUCCUGGUCGAAAAAUGAUCACUGAAAUCGUUGCUCUUCGUGAGGCUGGCUUGGACGAUACAAGACCGUCGUACUUGGAGGAACCAACAGUUAUCGUCGAUGAAUCGAUGAUGAAUGAUAGUGCAAAUUUGGAGGAGCGAGAAUGGAGAAAACAGGGACUAUCUGAGAAGCAGAUGUUCGCUAUUUUGGAGAAAAGGAAACAAACACAGCUUAACAAUGCCAGAAAACGUCUCGAAAAGGAAAUGUACGGAGCGAAAACCUUCAAAGAGUUGAUUGCUUGUCGUGAAUACUCCGAAUGUGAGAGCGACAGCGAGAACACUGUGAAUCAAAAUGUCCGAAGCGCUUCGGUUUUUGCCAUUCCGGCGCUUCCGAAACACAUCAGUGAAAAGUCGAUGAUGGGCUCGCCAAUUGCUAAUUCCAGAGGGAGUGGAAAAGCUGGAUUAAGUUGUUCAACUCCCAAGAGCUCGAGUGAUACGUCGAUGAGGUCCUUGAGAUCGCUUGAUAUUUCACAUGUCGUCAAUACCGAUCGACUAGAUGCUGAAAGAGUGACUGUUCACACCAAGUCUGUCGUUAUCCCAACCAUUCUCGAGGAGAGAGAGUCAACACUCCAGAAAACUCUCACGAUUGAGAAGAAUCACAGCUCUCAGCUGCAAAAAACCUUCACUGUGGCUGAAGAUGCUCCUGAAGAACUUCAGAAAACGGUGACAAUCGAGAAGAAUCAGAGCUCGGAAAUGCAAAGAACGUUUACGGUGGCUAAAGAUGCAUCAAAAGAGCAAUCACAGCUUCAAAGAACGGUAACGAUCGAGAAGAAUCAAAGCUCUCAGCUGCAAGGAAACUUCACGGUGGCUAAAGAUGCUCCUGAAGAACUUCAGAAAACGGUGACGAUCGAGAAGAAUCAGAGCUCGGAAAUGCAGGGAACGGUCACAGUGGCUAAAGAUGCAGAACACUCCUCUCUACAGAAAACGUUCACAAAGCCGACCGAGAAAGAUGAGUCAUCACUUCAAAGAACUUUCAACGUAGCUAACAGAGAUGAAAAUAACGAUUCAACUCUUCAAAAGACGUUUAUUAUUGAAGAAAGAGAUGCAUACGAGCAAGGAACCACGAGUGUUGGUGUGAAGCCUCCAGUACUGGCACAAAACACGAUGGAAGGAGGAGAAAAACGGAGAACGUCGAAAGUCACUUCGGAUGAGCGAGAACGACGUAAUGCCAGUAUUUCUAAUCCUCUUCACAACAGUAUGCUCGAAAAGGAAGAAAUUCAAUCGCCGGGAGCCAACUUCUUCAAACAUCCCCGAAAAAAGAUCAGACCGGUGGUUCAAACGCCGCCACGAAUCAAGGCAACCAGCAGACUUAGUACUGAAUCGAAUAAGGAGCGAACGAUUGAGAUGGAAUCGGUAGCUGAAGAACGAACAAUGGAAGCGGAUUCUAUUGGCUCGUCUUAUAUCUCUCCAACAUUCAAUGCAUCUCGAGUUUCGCCGGUUCCAGAAGUUCCAGAAAAAGUGGAGCCAAUGCAUGUAUCGAAAGCCGCAACUCCAAAAUCGAUUCGGCACACGGAUAAUUCUAUCCGUAAUAUUGGACCCACCAACAAUGUCGAAUGUGCUCGGGCUGCACUGCUCUCAACACCGACUAGGAUGGAUAUCGUUGAUUCUGUGAAUCGAGUGACCCCGGCACGACGAUAUGAACAGCCUACUUUCGCUUCACUCGUCAAAAGGAUGAAUAUGAAAGAUGCUAAUCGUUUGCUUGAGGAAACUUCACGAAAGAAUACGCCUGCGAAGACUACUGCUACAACUUCUUCAGCCGCUGUUCGCAUGGUUUUGGAGGAUGAUGAGGAGGAUCAGGCGACGGAGGUCAUUGAAAAAAGAUCUGAAAAUGGUGGUGUGAUUGUCGAUGGUGAGGAUGAGGCAGCAGAUUCAAGCAAUCGCUCCCUGAACAUCGAAUUGAAUGCGCUGACUGUCAACGAAGAGCCUGCACAUGAUAUCAGUGCCAUUGAUUUUCCAGAGGACGAUACAAAUGAAAUGAGAUCUUCUUCUGACGAAGAAGAAAUGGAAGCACGUCCAGAUCCAAGGAAAAAGUCGUCUAGAAGACUCGGGCUUCUUAGUGAUUCGAUUGCUCUUGGUCUUGCUAGUUCGUCGAGAAGACGCCCAAACGACACAUUCGUUGACGAAACAUGGUAUCCUGAACCGAAUUCUAAAGGAAACAGACGUCCGAGAACACACAGGGGUAUGAAACUGAAAGAGCAUCAACUCAUGAAGCCAGAAGAUGCUCCAGACGGUGUCCGAAGAUCGACGCGUGUCCGCGUGAAGCCUGUUCGUUCGUGGCUUGGAGAACAACCGGUUUAUGUCAAUUCGCCGAUUAGUGGCUGCAAGCGAUUGACUGGUGUGACGGCCGUUGUCAUCAAGGAUCCGCGUUUGUGCUAUUACAGAACUGCUGACGUCAGAACAGCAACCGAGCGAGAGCUGAAAGAUAAGGCCAACAAAAGGGCUUUGGCGCAGGAAAAGAAGCAACAAAGACAGAAUGCAAGAAGUGGGCGACGUCACGAUAGUGACGACGAUGAAGAAGAUGAUAUGUGAAGAAAUAACUAUUGCUCCACUAUUUAGCAAUGUCAAAAAACCCAUCUAAUCCCAAUACCUGUAAAUAAUGCAAUUUUAAAGGGAAUAAAGUUUGAAUCUGUC